AUGCUAAUGCAGCUCAGUGUCGAGUCUGUGAUCGAACUUUUGUCCGCACCGAGCACUUGGUUAGGCACGAGCGCACCCACAACAAGGAAAGACCAUAUCGAUGUUUGGUAUGCAGUGCUAGCUUCGCUCGAGCGGAUGUCUUCCAGAAUCAUCUACGGCGUUUGCAUCAGCAGGAACUUGUCAAUGGCAAACAAGUCGACAAGGACGUCCCACAGAGUGGGCAGCGGAGACGGGUGCGUAAGGCAUGUCAAGCCUGUAGACAACGCAAGUUACGUUGCUCCGGCGUCGCUCCUUGCACCUCAUGUGUUGGCUCUGAUCGAACAUCCUGGUGCAGCAGUAGAGGCAGUAGACGCCGAAUCUGUGUACAGCUCCGGCAGGGAACACGAUACCGCCCCAUCAGAUGGCGGGCGUACUUUGCUUGUCAGCCACGAUAUCAACGUCACGCCCACGCAGUCAUUCAGAGCACACCCAACCACGACAGCGGACACAGCUCUCGAAAGGCCGCAAACCUUCUCAACCCCGGUCGAUGUGACCAGACCACUUAACCUUGCCGAAAACUCAGCACCACUCGACACAUUGGUCUACGAUACUGGAGCAACCAACCUGCAAACAGAUGAUCGCUUCUUGGUGGGGUUUGAUAACCCUAACGUAGUCGGUGAUGAGAUUCCUCUGUUUGACAAUGCCUCGACCCUGACUGGUGCGGUGGAACUUGCAGACCUCUGGAUGGUGAAUGACACAAACUCCUUCCCUUGGUCUUAUGGAUUUAAUUUUGAAUCCUUCCUGAAUCCCUUUCAUGGCGAUUCAGUCAUGCUGGGUCUGGAGGAUCUAUCCCACUCCGUGACUACACCUCAGUGCAGCUCAGGGACAGCCACUAGAGAUGCUCUCAACUCCAUCAGAGGCUAUUUCGAGCGGAAUGGAGCUGGGACGAGACCAGUCAGAGAACAGCUCGCAAUCUCGACACCACGAAUGCAGAUCUACGAUGCUGAGCUUGUCGACCUUCUUGCCACCUUGGCAAUACAUCACUUGGCUCAAGCAUUCCCAAUUCUCUCAGUCCAACUGGGAACCGUCCGAACCACAAAGUUCUACAAUCUCAACGACCUAUCCAUGGCUGCUGUAGGAGGCUUGUUCUGCGACCUUCCCGGUCGGUUUCGAGUUGUGAAUGCUAUGUAUAACGAUUCGCGCCGUAUUCUUCUCCACAAAGCACAAAGGGGAGGGUUUCUUCCAUUGGGAGAUAAGCUAAAUGCAAUCAGGGUUUUUAUAAUUCUCGAGAUAUACGGCCUUUGCUCAGGGGAUAAACGAAGCUUCGAGUUUGUGGAAGUUUUUCAUUCACGAAUGCUCUUUUUAUUGAAAGACUUCAAAAUCAACCUUGCGGAGAAAUUCGCUUCCCUGCCGUCCUCUUUGGUGGAAACGUGCAGGGCCCUCAGUCUCAGUCUUCAUAUGAUUGAAUGCUACCGUGUUAUCCUACUUUUACGACCUCCAGAUACGUUCUUCAGAUCGCUUUUUUGCUUCAGUGGAGGAGACGCAGUCCUUCAGAACGACACCGCAGACCGACUUGUGCAUAGCCUUUUCACACCAGACACACCAAUCAGUACGGCACAUACUUACCACGACAAGGCUACAACACUUCUUAUAAUUGCAAUCUCAGCAUCACUCAGAUUAACUAGUAGCGAUUCAUCGCCGAUCGUCAGAAGUCUGUGGAGAAUUGAGUAUUUUGAGCUUGCCUUGAGCAGAUGGCACAAUGCUCAGCUCCAGCAUUCUACGGACUGGUCACUGCUGGCUCUAUAUCAUUUGAUUUGUAUCAAUCUACACGCAAAUGUCGGUUUGAUUCAGCGUCUCGUCCACGCUUCAGACGGAUUACGUGGUGAUGGUCGUACGAAUCAGCUGUGGUCUAGUCUAGAUGCCUGGCGAACCAGCAGACACUAUCCGGCUGCUAAAUGGCACGCUCAGACAAUUUUGUCACGACUGAACGAGGUACUGGCGCCCAGCGCCGCCAUUCACCACUCCAGCGAGGACGACGGUCUACAGGACGGAAUUCCCAAUACCUUUCAGCAAGCUGUACCACCAGAAUCACCCCACCUGCCAUAUGCAGUCUAUAUUGCGACCAUUGUGCUUUGGUGCGGUGAUCAAAUGUGCACAGAAUCUACGAAUGGUGUCAGUACAGCAUACAUUGACACUUCAAUAUUGCUGCUCGCUAGUAUGAGGGUCCGCAUUGCUGCGUUGUUGCAGCGGGCUCUUAGAAAAUUAAGACCUGCAAUGAGCUUCAAGUGA